CAUCAUCCCACUCUUGACUGUCUCUUCGUCAAUUCGUGGCAGUCUGUGGCAGUCUCCCCGUGCCGGUCGAUCAUCCACUGGAACCGGUCUUCUUCAAGUUCUUCUCCAAUCCCGUUUUGAGCGUUCUCCAUCUCAUUGCGUCCUUGAUCCGUGGUCAUUGACGAUGUCGACCAAGACCAUGACUACCCUCGAUGUCUCGUACAUUUUGAACGGGAGACAACCAGGGAUGGGACAGUCCUCAUCCAUGGCAUCCCGAGGAAUCACUCGUCAAAAUUUGAUGAAAUGGCGACUGUCCGAAAAGAACAAAGUUCAGUUGUUUGGAGUGACAUGUCUUGGGAUCUUCACCUAUCUAGCAUGGCAGCUCUUGUUUGGAAUCACACCAACAUAUCUAUUAUACUUCUGCCGAGUUUCAGUCCUGAUCGGUGCGGCUCUCGGAGUAGCCAUUUCAACUCACAUCUCACUCUAUCUGGCGCCACACUGCACUCCCGCACACAUCAUGAUCAUCCAGUACAUCUUCUUCCAGAUACAAACUCUCAUCGGGACCUACUUCCUUAGGAAACUGGGACGCGACAGCGCUAGAUGUCAGCAAAGCCAGGAGAACUUCCUCAUGAACCAGUUGAGGAUUCGAUCCCAUUCUCAGUACGGGAGGGACUUCGACUUCGGAACAAUCAAAUCAGUGGCAGAGUUCAGAGAGAGGCAUCCUUUGACAAGAUACUCGCAUUACGCCAAGUACAUGGACCGGGUUGCUGCAGGGGAAUCCGACAUUGUCAUACCUGGUUUCCCAUCAAGGUUAGGUAUUACUUCCGGUACGACUGGAAAACCUAAACUGAUAGCCAUUUCAAAGGAAAGGAACGUUGCUUUUCUCUUCAAGAUCAUGCCCAUGGUCUUUCAUUUCGUUAAAGUGCAAUAUACGCCAGCGUUGACACCGUUACAGAAGAAAUGCUUGCUCUAUGUCCAUACUGACCCUCUAAAAUCUCCCGGAGGACUUUCUAUCUGCCCAACAUCUAUGCUUUCCCUUCCUGACAUUCUUCAUCGGAUUCAGUUCAGUACUCCACCGGCAGGGAUGCGACUGACGAACGAACGAUGCGCGCUCUACAUCCAUGCCCUCUUUGGACUCAGGGACCGUUGCCUUGGUAACCUCGGCACCAUAUUUUGCUCCACAAUGUUCACGUUCUUCCAGCUACUCGAAAACGAUUGGCCCAGCCUGGUCAAUGACCUCAGACACGGACAAAUUGCCAAGCACAUUCAAUUGGUGGACGGUGUCCGAGCUGCGUUAGAAGCAGAGCUCCAGCCCGAGCCGGAGAGGGCGGAUGAGGUGGAGAAGGAGUUCUUGAAAGGUUUCGAUUGUAUUGCCCGUCGCCUUUGGCCACAUCUUCAAGCGAUAUUUGCUGUCUCAUCUGGAGCAAUGGUAGUCUAUGCUCGAAGACUCAAAGACAAGUACACCAAAGGUCUACCGAUUAUAUCAAGUGUAUACAGCUCAACUGAAGGCACAGUGGCUAUGCUACAUGAUGUCAAGGGACUAGACUCGAAAUACAUCAUGCUACCAUCGGAAGUAUUCUGUGAAUUCAUCCCCAUAGAAAAUAGUCACGAAGACCAGCCACAAACCUUGUUAGCCGAGGAGGUGGAAGCCGGACAGUGCUACGAACUCGCCCUCACAACCGUCGACGCGCUCUACCGAUAUCGAAUGGGCGACGUCGUGAAGAUCGCUGGCUUCCACAAUAAGACGCCGCUGUUCGAGUUCCAAUACAGGACGGGAGAGGUAUUGAAUGUGAGAUCAGAAAAGACACCGGAAGCCUCGGUAGCCGACGCCAUCACGGCUACCAUGGAGGAAUGGAAAGGAUUGACGCUCAGCCUGGUGGAUUUCACGGCUACAGAAAGCCCUCUCUACGAAGAAGCAAUGGAUAUCAAAGACUGGAGCCCUUGUGGAUACUACUUGAUUUUCAUUGAACUCGUAGAGCCAUUCGCGAUGUUCGGGAAAGACCUCAAACAAAGAGAAAAGUUCGCGGCCGCCUUGGAAGCCAACCUCUGUCUCAAGGCCCAUCGCUACAACCACUACCGUAACAUCAACGCUAUCGCUCCCCUACGACUCGUCUUCCUGGAGUCGGGCGCCAUCGACGAGCUCCGUCAUUACAUCCUGGAUCAUUCAUCGGCUACGAGUCAACAGCUCAAGCUCCCGCACAAACUGCGCAAGACAGAGUGGAUCCGUUUGUUAUGUAAUCGCGAACUUUAACCAUGGAUAUGAGAAAUAGUUUAUCUGCAGGGCCAGGGCCAGGGGCGGACUGAGCUGAGCUGGGACUGACAUUUGAUCCUUAAUUCCGGUCCACUUGAGUAUAAGCUUUUGAUCAGCCGGCAGUCAAGCCCAAAUAUCGAGCCUUCUGUGGGGAUAGCUCCCCUAGCUCCCUAAGGCCAGUCCCCCCUGCCUAUUUUAUCAAAAUAUUUUUUAAAGGUUACAUUCAAUCAUCGACUGACUAAAAAAUUGUAAAUAAUAAUGAUAAUAAUAAUCUGUGUUUAUAUAGCGCUCAACACAGAAUACCUUCUCUAAACAAGGCACCGUGACGUAAAUGGCGAAUGUACAGAUCUACACAGUGUAACGAACUUUUCUCCUCUCAUCAAUGAUGGGCAAACUUUCAUCACGUGAUUUACUUUUGACCAAUCGUAGAGCAAGAUUCUUAGUACGUGGAAUAUAAUCUCUCUACUGAAUAAGUGCCUUACAUUUUGGUGCUAGCUCUGCACAAAUUUGACGCCAGGCAAUAUUACAUUUCCGAAGAGCUGAUCGAUAUGUCUUCCAUUAAUUUAUUUCCUAACCAUCAAAAAGAGUAAAUAUAACAUCAUAGUACAUGUAUUUGAUUUUUUAGAAGUUACAACUCUUUCCACAUUAAUAUAAAGUAAAUUUCACAUUUAUGGAAAUAUAUUGGCAUGUGUCAAGUAUAUCAUUCAUUUCUAAAAUUAAUAUUAUUACAUUAACACAGAUAUUUAAUAAAUGAAUAUCUGUUUUUUUAAUAAAUAAAAUAGGGGGUUGUUUUUUUAACGUAACCAAAGAUAGGAAUCAAUCCUUCAAUAUAGGAACAUUUGGCAGGUAUGAUACAGUAAUCAUGUCAAAGUGAAAUUUCCAUUUGAAAGUAUGAAUUAUUAUUAUUAAGUGAUUGAUUCUGUUUUUGUUGCUUUUGUUAGAAGGUGCACUUCAGUUCGAUUACAUCAAAUUUUUUUUCAUAAGAUUGCCAUAAUGAAAGUAACUAAUUAAUAUGUUUGGGGUCAGAAAGAGGAAGGCAUUAACUCAUCUCACCCAUAGUUAACACCCUUCUGGCACUAAAGUGAUAUGACCAUACUUUUGAUAAAAAAGUAGUAUUCAACAGUUCACCUUGAUAUCAUCAAAUACUUCAACACAGCUGUUUAUUUGUUAUAUUUCUUUCUGUAAAAUAUUCUUUCUCUACUGCAUGCUACCCUGUAUUAUGUGAAACAUUAUUAUAUUUGCAUGUCAUUAGGAUUGAGAAGAAUAUAUUUGUUCUUCCCAUGAAUCAAAUAUAGUGUCUGACAAAAUGUGUAUCUAAUAUCCAUAUUAAAAUCAGAUUAUGGAAAAUGUAAUUAUCUGUUAAAAAGAAAUGAUUAAGUGUCAUGAUUGCCAUCUAAAGAAAAAUCUCAUAUUUUAUCAACUACAACGAUUUUUGUCAACAUUAAAUGCAUGUUUUAACCUAUAUAUAUAUGUCUAUUUAUGUACUGGUGUCUUUUUCUAUGUCUAGCUGUAACUAUCUUUUUAUUAUUAAUCUAUAUCAUGAUUUUUAGUAAUUAUGUUACGUAAGAUAAGCAAACUCAAUUACACAAUAGUAUAUAAAAGAAAAAUAAAGAAAACUAGAAAACAA